AGACAGGAAGAGUAGUGUAAAAAGAAAAAGCGUAAAUAAUUUCAAGAUGAGCAAGGAGCAUGUCACGCUGGGUGUCCAAAGGGAAUCGCUUCUAAACAACCCUCUUCUACAAAAGGUAAAUAAACGCCUUGAAUUUUUCUAUACCCUUUGCAAAUAAAUCAGAAGAUAUUUUUCUGUGAGAUUUGACAACCUUUACAUUACUAUAUCCCAUGCCCCCUUCUUCCAAGAUGAAUUUCCUUUGAUGGGCAGCAAGGUGGGAUUGCAUGACCAGGGUUUGGACAGGAGCCAGGCCGGGGGCUCUGCCAUAUAUGGGCCAUAUAGGUAUGUGCCGCUGUGAGGGGUAUGGUUUUCAAGCAGUUUACUCUAGGAUAGGGUAUAUAAAUCAGAGCGUUUUGGUCGAGAAUAGGGUAUCAUUUUUCAGGAAACUGAUCAGUUGGUUGAAGAUUUUAUUUAGACGAGGGACUGUGGUAUAAGGUUUUGUUUUGGCUAGACUGUGCUAGUGACCUCAGUAGUUUCUAGGAUCAGCUACUCCAGGAUAGGGGGAUUUGGGGAGUUUACUCUAGUAUAGGGUAGCAAAAUUCAGCUGAACUAGCUCUGGUAUAGGUUAAGGGUUCCAGGGUCCCAGCAGCACAUCCCCAUCCAGAAAUUCCCGAAGUACCUCCCCCCCCCCAGGAAGCCAGGUUAGCCUGCACACGUGACUGAGUGUCAAGCCUUAGGUUAAGUAGAAAACACUGCAGGCAUAAAGGUGGGUACACACUACAUAUCAUUCCGUGUGUACAGGUCAAGCGACUAGUUGCAGCAACAUGUUGUGGCGACACAUCGCAUCAACAAAUUGCUUUCUGUGUACUGGAGAAAUUUUGUGAAAAGCUAUGUCUCUACUACAGAAUUUUGUUGCGGCAACAAGUCACACAAGUUCUGUCUGAUUUAGUUUUUUGCAACAUGUUGCUGUGACAAAAUUCUCCAGUGCAUGCUAAGCAAUUUGUUGCUGUGAUGUGUCGUCGCGAGAUGCUGCUGCAACUUGUCACCUCAUGUGUACCGACCUUAAAACCUUGACCCUGUUUCUUUUUCAAUUGCAGUAAUUUUAGGUUUCUCAUGUGAAUUCUAAUUUGUGAUUCUUUCUAGUCUGAACUUGGAAGACCACUUAGACGCUGUUUUACCCUACCCCAUGAUGGCUUCACCUAUGGAAAGGCAAACGAAGGAAAAGACAGCGGUGCUGCUGAUGGUAAGAUUGAACAAUUUUUCCUGAACUGGGAAGGAUCUCCCUGGCCCCUUGCCAAAAUUCUGUCAUUCACUAUUUGCAAAUCUCCCUCAAAACAACUUGUUUGCCCCACCCCAUCGCCCCCCAAAAAGAAGUGCAUAAGCAUUGUCUUUGAUUUACCUUAGGACAACCUAAUACCCAAGAAAAAUUGAAAACAAAGGUAGUGCAAACACUGACAGCAGAUAAGGAGAUAUUAGGGGGCUUAAGCAAAGACCUUUUUGAGCAACGCAUGCCAAACAGAAGUGAGGCCUUCUGCCUUUUUAUAUGCCUUGACGCUAACAAAUUUGUAUUACUAAGUUUCUUUUCUCUUACAAAGACGAUUUACUGGCAAGUUUCAACCAAACCACUACCCAAUGGCACAAAAAGUCCACUUCCGGUUGACAUCCAUCCUCCCUAUUGAUAUUUUGUAAGCUACUGCAGUUGAUCCCUGGUGUUAAUAUUUUUUAAGCUAAGUGAUCAUGGCAUGAUGUAUGCUUUUGAAUUUCAGCCCUUGUAUGGAGAUCAGCUCCUCCAGCUCAAUUACUGUAUCUCAAAGCGAAAAAAGCUCCAAGAGACUUUAUUGGUUUAAAUAAGGCAGCUGUGCAGGCAGGGCUUACAACAGCACAAGAACAUUUCCAGUACCGUGCAACUCAUGAUAUGAGAAGAAAAGACUCCGGGAAUGAGAAAACAUCACUCAAAGUUAAAAGAAUUCCACCAACAAUGGUGUUUGGAAUUCCAACAAAGUAAGUACAUCUGCUUCUAAUCAUCUCAGGUGGAUUAUUAGAUCCGCCUUAUCACUACAACUGCAUUUAAAUCACUUUUUAGAAAAUUUGUCAGUCACAGUACAUUAAAGUGUUAGAAAAUCUAGUCCAUUUUGUUGCAUGACUUUGUUGCUUAAUGUUGUGACUUCUUCACGCAAAAAAGUCAACUUUUGGGCAAGUCUAGGAAUGUGCUGAAAGGUUACCUUUUAUUACCAAGGUCUCUACUGAGAAAAAAAUCACCUAUUUUUCAAUCUAGACCUUCUACACCAGUUUAUAACCUUCUGGGACAUAAAUACCAGGACGUAUGGUUAGAGGAGAGACGUAAGGCAGAGGAAGCUACGAGGGCCAGACAGGAGCAAAAGGUAUUCUUAAAAAUAAUAUUACCAAUAGUGUACAUGUAGUACUGCAGUGCUAGUAUCAUACUGCUCAUCUCCCUGUGGUGGUAAAUUUAAUCCCUCUUUUAGAUUUUAAAAGCAAUUCCUGUAACUUAUUUUACCCACAGAGACAUGUUGAUAAGACCAUCUAUGAGACAAGGACUUCACGACUCAGAAAAUUUCAACCUCCAGUUGAUUCUGCACCACUGUGGCACAUGCCCAAGUUUGAAAAGGUAUUACAUUAUUGACAUAAUAAUAUUAUUUUUGUAAAGUUACAGUGAACAUAAUUCUGAAAUAGCUGAAACCUUUCAAUGGUUCUUUAAAAAAACUACCAGUAGUGGUGCUUAUUGCAUAUAUGACAGUUAUUGCUUUUGGAGUUUUUGUUGCGUUGCACUCAGUUGGAGGUUUACCUUACACAGGGUGCAAGACAAUUAUAGGGGUCUUUUUAAGCUUAAAUUCAGCCUUUCCAUUACCUUUUAGUUACCGGUAACCUUGAAUAGCCCAGCAUAAUAUAAUAAUAAAUUAUAUAUCCCAUUCAUGGGGAAGUAGCGGUUAGAGAGGAACAAUAAUAGAGUUAGCUCUCCGGGGAUAGAAAAGAGACCCAUCGGGUCAUCUGGGACAAGUAGUUUUUCUUGCAGGGAAAGUAGCUGUUAAUUUAAAAUCACUUGCCUGAUGUUCCAGGCAAGUCAACUAAAUCAAAACUGCUGAAACAAGCAAGUGUAGGUGCCCUGGGUUAGCAAAACAUGAGAGAUGCUUGCCCGAGAGACUAGCUACAUGUAGGGUUCAAGUUUUUUUUAGCACUGCUCCCGAUGUGUAGACCACAGAUGUAAUUACUCCUUACAAGUGUAUAUAUCAGGCUCCAAAUUAAUGCUGCUGUAAUUUUUCUUCACAGGUCCCUGCUUAUCUCAGCACAUUCAGAUCUGACAAAGCAAAAGAUGCUGCCUUUAAACAUCACGCCACAGACAGUACUUCACGGCAAGGAGCCUUUGGUCAUGGAAUAUAUGAACCUGCAAAAAGCUAAAUAAUUUUGCUAAAGAUUGACAUAAUGUUUUUAAGUUAAGAGUGUAAAAAAAGAAAGUUUACUAAUACAUUGCAAUUAUUUCUUCACAAUUAGAUUAAUUUUGUUCCUCUAACAUAAUGGUUUUUUUGGCACAUUUAUUUUUUCCUUUGCAUCUCCUAUCAACACUCAAAAUUUAAUACAGCCUAACUCUUUUUAAUCUGUUGAUUGCGCUUGUUCAUUUUAGAGUGCAGCGAUUCAUAAUGUUAAACCUGCUAAUUUGAUUGUAAACAGUAUACUGAGCAACAACAAACAGAUGUGGAAGAGGCUGCUUUCAGAACUAUUAAAAUAUCCAAUUAUAUUUUUUUUCAAAUCUUCAUUACUCAGUUACAGCUAGCUGUAAUGAUUUAAUUUAAACCCAACUCUUUAUUCAGAAACCUGUUAAGCAAGUGUAAAUAAUAAGAUAACUUAGUGAAUG